GCGCUUCUCCCGGCGCCUCCGCCGGGCGGGAAGGGCUGCUCCGCUCCCCCCGCGCGCGGAUCUGCUCCGUGUUUUCCGGGCCUUUCCCGUGCUCUCGGGCCCCGACACUCGAACGUGCUGCGCGGGGCUGGCCCCGGCGCAGCUCGCCAUUGGCCGCGCCGCCAUAGCCCCAUGGGCGUGCGGGCCGCGCAUUGGCCCGGCGUCGCCGUCCAUCAGCCAGCGGCGGACUGCGUCAGGUUGGGUUGAGCGGCGUCCCCUUCCCUGCCUGUGUCUGGCGGCGGCUGCGGCUGCGGGGCCGGUGCGGGCGGAGGGGCGCAGCGGAGGGCGGCCCGCUCCCUCGCUCGCUAAGAUGGCGGCGGCGGCGGCGGCGGCGGCCGUGGCGCGGCUGGAGGGCCGGGAGUUUGAGUACCUCAUGAAGAAGCGCUCGGUGACCAUCGGCCGCAACUCGUCGCAGGGCUCGGUGGACGUGAGCAUGGGCCACUCCAGCUUCAUCUCCCGGCGCCACCUGGAGAUCUUCACCGCCGCUCCCCCGCCGCCGCCACCGGCCGGCGCGGACGGGCCGCCGCCUCCGCCUCAGGGGGACCCCGCAGCUGCCACCGGCGGCGGCGGAGGGGACUUCUACCUGCGCUGCCUCGGCAAGAACGGCGUCUUCGUGGACGGCGUGUUCCAGAGGCGGGGGGCGCCGCCGCUGCAGCUGCCCCGAGUCUGUACUUUCAGGUUUCCCAGCACAAACAUCAAGAUAACAUUCACUGCUCUGUCCAAUGAAAAGAGAGAAAAACAGGAGGCCCCGGAGUCCCCAGUGAAGCCUGUGCAACCCCAGAUCUCUCCCUUAACAAUAAACAUUCCAGACAACAUGGCUCACCUGAUCAGCCCUCUCCCUUCUCCCACAGGAACUAUCAGUGCUGCAAAUUCCUGCCCAUCUAGCCCCCGUGGUGCAGGCUCUUCAGGGUACAAAAUGAGUCGUGUAAUACCAUCUGACCUACAUUUAAUGGCUGAUAAUUCACAGUCAGAGAAUGACAAGGAAGCAUCGGGUGGAGAUAGCCCAAAGGAUGACUCUAAGCCACCUUACUCCUAUGCACAGUUAAUAGUACAAGCAAUUACAAUGGCACCUGAUAAGCAGCUUACACUAAAUGGAAUUUAUACGCACAUAACUAAAAACUAUCCGUACUACAGGACAGCAGACAAGGGCUGGCAGAAUUCAAUACGUCACAAUCUCUCUCUGAAUCGUUAUUUCAUCAAAGUACCACGUUCCCAGGAAGAACCAGGCAAAGGCUCAUUCUGGAGGAUAGACCCUGCCUCUGAAAGCAAAUUAAUAGAGCAGGCUUUUAGGAAAAGGCGGCCUAGGGGAGUACCUUGCUUUAGAACCCCUCUGGGACCACUCUCUUCUAGAAGUGCCCCAGCUUCUCCUAAUCACUCUGGAGUGUUGUCUGCACACUCCAGUGGAGUCCAGACCCCCGAGAGUCUGUCCAGGGAAGGAUCUCCAGUCCCAAUGGAACCUGAGCCUAGUGCUAUCCAGCCAAAACUAGCGGUAAUACAAGAAGCGCGAUUUGCACAGAGCGCCCCAGGAUCACCUCUUUCUAGCCAACCAGUUUUAAUUACUGUACAACGGCAGCUACCACAAACGAUUAAACCCGUCACCUACACUGUUGCAACUCCUGUGACAACAUCAACAUCCCAGCAGCCUGUAGUUCAGACAGUUCAUGUUGUCCACCAGAUACCAGCUGUGUCUGUCACAAACGUGACUGGAUUAGCACCAGCAAACACUUACACUGUAGCUGGACAGGCAGUAGUCACGCAAGCUGCAAUGGUCACCCAGCCCAAGGUAGAACCUCAAGAGAAUGGAGACCACAAGGAAGUAAAAGUUAAAGUGGAGCCUAUACCUGCUAUUACUCAUGCUACAAUAGGAGCUGCUAGUCGUAUCAUUCAGACAUCUCAGACCACCCCCUUACAGACAGUUACUAUAGUGCAACAGGCACCUCUAGGUCAACACCAGCUACCAAUAAAAACUGUAACACAGAACGGAACGCACAUAGUACCCAUCACCACUGCGAUACAAGGACAGGGCAAUGCUGCUGCUGCGAGUCCUUUGCAUAUGUUGGCGACUCAUGCAUCUGCCUCGGCCUCCCUUCCAACCAAGCGCCAGAAUGGAGACCAGUCGGAACAGCAGGAACUCAAACGUAUCAAAACAGAAGAUGGAGAGAGCAUAGUCAUAGCUGUUAACGUGGACACCCCACCUGUGGCAGUGAGUGAUAAAGGCAGCCAGAACUAGAAACUUAGGGGAGUUUUCUUUUUUUUUCUUUUGUUUUCCUUUAUUUUUCUUUUUAUUUCCUUUUUUUUCUUUUUUUUUUUUUUUAAGAAAAAAAAAAAAAAUAAACUCCGUGGUGCCAAAAGGAGACACUUAAAUAUAACACCUAAAAUGUUGGAACAUGUUCUCAUGCAGUGGGGAAAGGGGCCCUGUGAUCAGACUUCAACGUUCAGCACUGAAAACAAAAAAACCCAACACAGGUGGCCUUAAAACUUGGUAAUUUAAAGUCAAACUGCAAACCAUCUUGUUCCAGAGGCUGUGACCCCCGCUCCUCCCUGCCCCUACCGAACUGUGCACACUGAGAAAUACAGUGUUGGGGAGGGCUGCAGCUUUAAAAAGAAUCUUUAUCAGAUUAUUUUAAGGACUGAGUAUCUCAGUGUAACGGCAGCAUGAUAAGCGCUUAGUGUGAACUGGUUUCAAACGAUUGUAUAUUCCUCAAAGGGAACAGAGGCAAGGAGCCAUUUCCUACAUCUUGGCAGCUAGCCUUUCAUAAUGACCUACCCGAUGCAGUUGUUGGUAGAUAUGCAGUAUUUUGUUGUUCACAUGUGGAAUUAGAAAUUUUUGAGGUGUAUUUUCAUUUCUUUGCAAAACAAUGGGGUCUUUGACAUUUCAAAUCACUCCAUUUCUACUCCGGAAACUUUGGAAUCACACAAUACUUUUCAUGUGAAAUUUUGUUUGGUAAAAACUGAAUGUAGGGUUUUUUUAACCAAUGGAAUGAUUUACUUUUGUCUGUCCUGUUCAAGUUCAGAUAAAGCUACUUUAUUACAUCUGCAAAUUUUCAUAUUUUAGCAGUUGCCUGAUAAAUUUAAUCAAAUUUUAUUACCAUGUGUAGUGAUCAAAUGCUUCUUUGGGCUUGCAUGUAACUGAUUAGAAAUUACGAUGUAAAUGAGCCGUUAACUGACGUAAAGAACUGCUAUGAAUUUGACCAGAGCUGCACUUACCUGUUUCUCUUUCUGCUACCUUUUGCUGUUUGUUACUUUGUGUUGACUUUGACUGUCCCUGGCAUAUUUUUCCAGUCUAAAGUAAAACAAGAGUCUCGCUUAAUAUUGUGUAUGUUUAAGAUAACAGACUGUUCUUCAUUUAGAAAGAUGAAAUUCUUUAUCACAAGUCCUUUUAAAAAGAGUAAAAUUAUCUUGUCAGAGGUAUAUUCGAUAUUUUUAAGCUUAAGCACCCAUCAGUAGAACUUAAUCUGACCAGUUUCUCCGUAACACUUUCGAUGUCCUCCACUGACCCCUCGGGGUCUCCAGUGAGCGUAGCUGUUGUGGUUUUCUAACAGUGGCUACCAUAUUAUUAUAAUUUUUUUUUUUAUUUUUUUUUUUUUAAAGUGUGUUCUGCAGUUGAACAUUUAAAGCUGUAUUGGUAAUUUCUCACUUUAAUUGUGGUAAUAGAUUCCACUUGACAUUUCAAAAUUAAAUCGCAACGUGAGGCUGCUGUUCAGUCUUUAAUUCCCAUGAACGUCUUCUCUCCUCCUGCAGUCAGGUGAGUGGAAGCUACAGGGCUGGCUUCAGUUCAAUCUGAUUUUUGUCAUUUUCUGUACUAAUGAUGCAUUAUUUAUAUUUCCUUUCCCCGUACGAAAGGAAAAACUGUGUUCUCAUGCUGGACUGAACAGUUUGAAGUGGUUUAUUUAGGCAGCUUUUGGGAACUAUUUACCUGAAGACCAAAUAUGAGAAAUCUGUACAAGUUUUGUGUUCAUCCACAAAAUGGAACUGUUACAAUGUCUCUGCAGAUAAUACAUAUUAAAAAACUAUGAAAAAAAACCAACCAACUCUACACAAGCUGAAUUUAUAACAGGCAUUGAGAAAACCGCAUAACCUGCAAAAGAAACAUUUCUGUAAAAUUGCAACAUUUUCUUUAGAGGUUUUAAAAAUAAAAAAGUAAAAGUUUUAACAUACCUUUUUUAAGAAAAAAAAAAAAUCCAGUACUAGUAAUUUAAUUUGGUGUUGAAUGAAUUGACUAGAAUGUGGUUUAUUUUCAGAAGUGAGAAUCUGUUCACAACUAGGGCUAGGUGAAUAAUAGUGUAUAAGAUUUUUUUAAAUAAAAUUAAAUUUUAUUCAGCAAAUUAACUAAGUUGACAUUACUGCACCAGUGUGUUUGAAGUAUUCAUGUGUAUUUUGGGGCAAUUAAUCCAAUUUAUGUUGGCAGUGCCACAGGAAAAACCAUCAGGCCAAACAAGCCAAGGUGUCCUCACUGUCAGGUAAUGGUAGGCAACGUCCUCGGCGCACAGGGGGAGGUGGGAAUACGCUGUGGCCUGAGUCCUGGUUUUGGCUGGGAUGGAGUUAAGUUUCUUUCUAGUAGCUGGUAAGAGUGCUGGGCUGUUGCUUUAGUCUGAGGAUGAUGUUGAAUAAUGUUGCAGUGUAGCGGGGUUUGAUGCUUCUUGGUGCAUCUGGAGUUUGACACAAGAAUGUGUCUUCGUUCAGGUGGGUGAACCCUUUGGGAAAGCUGCACAAUGGGAGAAAACUGCUUAUGCUCUUCUGUAAGAAUCACAUCCGCGGCCACGCUUUGGGUGGUGCUGAGGAUGCUCCUACAGGACCCUCCCCAGUGCUUUUGACUAGUGCAGGGUCCUGUCCUGCUCUCUCCUGCCUAAACUGAGUCUUUGGUUGUUGAGACAAACCUGCUCCCUAGUUUGUCAGUGAGCCUCCCCCCAUCAGUCCAGCAGUGGUGACCACGUGAUGGCAGAGGCUGAAUGAGACACUGGUUGCACUGCUGCUUCUGAGGUGAUGCUGGUGACCUUUCUUAAAGUGGUGUUAACGUGCUGCUUGUCCUGGACACCUGCAGUCAACAGGAUCUUUCUUUUGCAAAUGGAACAUUUCUGCAGGUGAUUCAUGUACCUAGAGAUUUGACCUCUCUUUAGGAACUGAUAGAACCUUUGCAGUUACCUUUGGUGUUUUAUGAUGCAAGGUAUUAUUCCCUUUUGUGCUCCUCCUCAGCUGCCUGUUUUGUGUUCUUUCUGUUAAGAGUCAGCUUUUGUGUCACCUUUAAAAUGACUUUGAGAAAGACUCAGAAUUACAAUGUACAGAAGACCCGAUGUUUGUGUCUAGUGACAGAAGUGUUUGUCUCCACUACCAGCAUGUUCUGUCCUUGCACAGGCCCCUCUCCCUGCCUGAUCCAGCUGCGUGUAGCAGGUUUGGGAGGGUGGCAGCAUGGGCAGUGGAGUGCUUCUGCCUUUGGACACCACAGUUCUGCCUUUGUGCUGCGUGCUGUAACAGCAGCUGAGGGUGUUGUAUGACCUGGCAAGGUGACACUGGGUCUGCAGAGCAGAGGGGGACUGCAGGUGGAGUGCUGUCAAAGGCUAGUUUCUCUGGGUCAGUAGGGUUAGUGUCAGUUCUGAGCCACUGCUACACCGUGCUGUGGUGUAUUUACCCUGAUGGCAGCAGUUGGUGCUGUGCCAUUUUAAACUGCCACACUGACCCCAAAAGCCACAAAAGCUCUUCUGCUCCCUGAGCCACUUCCCCAGGCUGAUGGCUGCACGGGGCAGCAUGGGCAGCACUGCUCUUCUGGCUGUUAACGUGCAGAGUCGUGUGGAAAUGUUGGGGUUGAGAAUGACUGAAAUCCA